CCGACAAAUCUUGUCUCUCACCAUCACUUCCAUCACAGAUAAAGCUACAGUUACAGUCCAACCUCUAAACCAAAUAGACCCUAGCCUCGAGGCUCAGGUCUGGGCUGUGUUGGAGAAAAAGUGGAUCCAACAAUGAACCUUUAACAUUCGGACUUACCUGCCUCUUCCGUUUACGCCACAAAUUUCUUGCUCUCAAACCAUUUAAUCGCAUGGAAACCCUCCAGAUUAGACCACAAAACCUGCAAUCUCUAAAACCCAAAUUCAUGAACACACGCUUUUUAAGACUCGUCAUCAAACCCUUGAACCCUUUUUUAUCCACCCUAAAACCCUUCUGCACUACAAACUCUUCAACCCCUCUUCCUCUAAAAAAGACCAUACUUUCAAGAAACAGAGUAAAGGUUAGGGAAAAAGUAGCCGAUGUUGCCCAACUUAAACAGAAUUGGUUAGACUCUCUCACUUUUCCUUUACCUAACGAGACUGAGAAUACAAAUUUGGGCGGAGAUGAUUUGGCCCGGAAUAAUGUGGGUUCCAAUUGGGUUAUUGGUGUUGACCCUGAUGUUUCCGGUGCUUUGGCACUAUUGAAAAUCGACGAGUCAGGUUGCUCUGCUCAGGUGUUUGAUUCCCCUCACUUGAAAGUAAUGGUUGGAAAAGGAAUUCGGAAGCGAUUAGAUGUUAAGUCUAUUGUUCAAUUGAUUCGUAGUUUUGAUGCUCCGAUUGGAACUACUGCAUAUGUAGAACAAUCAACCCCAUUCCCACAAGAUGGGAAACAGGGAUGGUGGAGUGGAGGAUUUGGUUAUGGAUUAUGGAUAGGGGUGUUAGUUGCCUCAGGGUUCUCUGUAGUUCCAGUACCAUCUAUGACAUGGAAGAGUGAUCUUGAACUUGCUGGAGGCAGGUGUACUAAGGAUGAUAGCCGAAGAAUCGCAUCAACAUUAUUUCCAUCAUUGAGUCCCUUGCUAGAAAGGAAAAAAGAUCAUGGAAGAGCUGAGGCUUUACUCAUUGCUGCAUAUGGAAAAGGCAUGAAGUUGAAGAACUCAUCUUCUGUCAUAGAUGAAUUGCCUUAAAAGUGGCUGAUUGUGUGGCCACACUUCCAUCAGCAGGUGCAGCUUUAUUCCCUGCUGCAUAUAACCAUUUGGAAGAGAAUGGUAAAACAAGCUGCGUGAUGUGAAGACAGAUGGCUGAAGCAGCUUAAAGAAUUUCGCCUGUGAAAUUCUCAAAUCCAGGAAGUCCGAAGAAACAUAAAAGAGACAGGGAUUCUUGAAGACUCUUUGAAGACAUCUGAUAAAUACGAUUCAUGAAGACUGGAAUGACCAUUCUUUUCUGGAGUCCUACAUCCUAUGGUUUAGAAUAAUGGAAAAUUGAAGAUUGAAAAUGAAAGACGUGUUAUUCUUCUUCUCUAUGAGUGAUCCCUGUGGCAAUUCAUUGCAUUUUUGCUGUUUUUAUUUAUAGAAUUUGAUGGCGAAAUUAUAUAUUGGAACUCCAUUGAAUGAUAUUUAUCAAUUGCGAAA